AUGCCCCCACGAGGUGUAGCCAGUCUGCUGGCCAUGCCACCAGCCCUACGGCCAGUCUUCCUGCAGGCGGUCCUGGCUGGCCCACGAUUCGAAUCUGCAAUCCCCCUCUGUACCUGCAGCCGGCGACCCUACUCGAGAUCGGCCAAACCUUCACCACCACCACCUUCUCCUCCUCCAGUCCACAACCGCGACGAUGGCCCUCCACGCGCCCUCUCCUUCCACCCCUCACCACCUUCCGUCCAACCAUUAGUCGCGCACCUCGUCUCCGACACGCCCCCCCUCGACUUCACCCGCUCCGCCGCGCUGUUCCGCGAGCCGAAGUUCCUCUACUCAGCCCCACGCUUCUUACACCUGCCGAUCAACACGCGCAUCCCCGAGGUAUGCGUGCUGGGGCGGUCCAACGUGGGCAAGUCGACGCUGAUCAAUGCGCUGGCGGGGCUGGGCGGCAAGCGGGCGGGCGCGAGCCACGGGGCCAAGAACAACCGGAGCGGGAUCGCCAUCACGAGCGCCAAGGCCGGCUGCACCAAGACCAUGAAUGCCUACGGCUUCGGACCGCCGCUGUCGACCAAGCCGCUGACGAAAGCGGAGCAGGAGGCGCGCAAGGAGGGCGGGCGCGGGCGCGGCGAGCGCAGGUCCGCGGAUGGGAAGAGGAGGGAGCCCAUGCCCGCGCAUAGCAUGGUGCUCAUGGACAUGCCUGGUUAUGGGCUCAAUUCCCGCGCCGACUGGGGUGAGGAGAUCCUCAAGUACAUUAAUCGCAGGGAGAUCCUCCACGGGGCCAUCCUGCUCAUCGAUGCCGUGGCUGGUGUCAAGCAGGGCGACAGGAUGGUGCUGGAGGUGCUGAGGGACGCGGGGCUCAAGACGAGUGUGGUCAUGACGAAGGCAGAUAAGCUAGUGAGCGAUAAGGAUGCCUUCGUAUGGGAGAGCAGUGCGCCGCUGAGGCAGGCUUGCAUGCACAUAUGGGAGGAGAUGAGGAGCGUGGAGAAGGCGGGCGAGAUGGACUGGUUCGAAGGCGAUGGCUGGAACCCUGAGAUCUUUGUCACGGGCGCGGGCGACCCUAAGCUUGGCGGUAUGGGGGUUGAUGGCGCGAGGCUGUCGAUUUGUAGACUUGCCGGUCACAUUGCCCAGCCCGCAAGGAAGUUUGAUGUGUCUCAGCCUGAGAUUGUACCCUUCGACCAGCUUGUAUUCAGCUCGUCUUCUACAAUACCGGCGCCUCAGAGCCAGCCAGUCUCAGAGGUCGAAGAACCUGAAGAGCAGGUCCAGGCUCCGGUGGGUCGAGGAAGAAUGAUGAGACCCUGGAGAGCUAGGCGGCGCGUCGACCAGAUGAAGCUGAUGGAGGCGGCCAUGGACCAGCCAAGAGCGAGAAGAAAGCUAGGCCAGGCUUCGUUCUGA